AUGGUAACUGAAUUUGAAUUAAAUGGCUGGUGUUUCGUCUAUUUACCUGCAGAACUCAUUCCAGACUCAAACAUGAUCGAUGAAAUAUCGAAUUUUUUUACGACUAAUACGGGAACAAAAAUAUACUCACAACCAUCCGCAGUCUAUGGCUUUACGAAACUUAAGCACAAAGAAGGAAUUAAAUUGUUAACUGGAAGUCAUUUUGGUAGAUUGGCAAAUAGAGGAUUGGUGCCAAGUACACUCGUUCAACCGUUGAACUAUCUUGCUCAAGCAUUAGAUGCAGUAACAAAAUGUUUAAUCGCAAUUCUUGAUCAGUAUGAAGUAUUUCAACAACAACCGUCUUUGCUAUCUCUUAAUGAACAUGCUGAUCUUCCAUUUCAAGAUGAACAUUUUGGUAUGCUCGAUGUUGUAAAAUAUUUCAACGAUAAGAAUGGUUUUCAACCACCUGAAAAUGGAGAAACAACUGAAGAAGUCAACUGUGUUCCACAUUAUGAUCCAGGACUACUUUCCAUUAGUAUAUUAUCGACUUGCGAAGGACUACAGUUGAAAAAUUUAACAAAUAAUGAAUGGAUUGAUGGACCUUUAGAACCGAAUAUAGGUGUUAUUUGGUUGGGAGAGGCAGCAUCUCUAGCGACACAAAAUCGUCUGAAACCUGGUAUUCAUCGAGUCAUUUAUCCACAUGAACCAAAAUGUCGAUUGACAAUUUGGUAUGAAUUAUGUACGACUGAACAGUUGAGAAAUAUAAGUGGCAAACAGAAAAACGCACAAAUGCGCGAAGGAUUCGUUAACUUUGAAAAUCUUCCUGGAUCAGCUCCAAUAGCUGUUUUACCUGGCGAAAGCAAAUUGGAUUUUUUGAAAAGAAUUGAAAGGGGACGUGGGCUAUCUUUGACUAAAACAGGUCGGAUAAGCUAUACACUGGAGAAGCAUACUAUUUCAUUUCCAACAAACGAUAGUUCAACAACUGAAAAAACAAUAUUUUGA